UACCUAUGCUCUGCUCUCCAUUAUCAUUUGAAUAAAUUACUUUAAACAAUUCAAACCAAAAGAAUAGAUUGCCAACAACUAUACCAAAACAAUGGUAGAUUCUACACCCAUUAGUGGUGUUUAUCCUCCAAUUUUUACUUUCUCAAUGGGAGAACAGCUGCUUAUUGGAAUUUUGAUGGCUGGAAUCAUAGCAUUCUUUCUCAUGAAAUUCAAUAAACGAGCUUUGCGCUGGGAUUUUCAACAGUAUUAUACCAUCAACAAACAUCACUGGUGCCACACAGGAUCUUUUAUUGAUCCCUCCUACUGCAGCAUAUGUGAAGCUGUCAUUGUUGCCAGUGGUGGGGCCUUUUGUGACUGCUGUGGCUUGUUCACUGAUAAUGAAGACUGUGUUGAUAGUGCUGAAAAAAACGUACCAUGUAAGCCCAUGACCCUCAUCAACUCUAAAUUCACUCACCAUCACUGGGUAAAAGGUAACCUACCAGCCACCAGCUGCCUGUGCAUGGUGUGUGGUGACGAGUGUGGUGAGGGUGUGGGGCUUGUGGACUUCAUGUGUGCUUGGUGCAGCACAACUGUUCACAAUGUGUGCAAGGCUCAGCUUGACCAGGAAUGUAAUUUUGGAGAACUGCUGCGCUUUGUGGUACCUCCUCACUGCGUCCAGCUCACCAGAGCUCGGCUAUGGCGUGGUGUUACUGUCAAGCGAAUUUCUGUGCCUGCAGAAACAACCAACUGGAACCCACUCAUUGUUAUAGGCAACGUGGCAUCAGGGAGCAGUGAGGCAGAGGUUGUGCUGUCAAGCUUCCGGCGCUGGCUGAACCCAGUGCAAGUACUGGACGUAUCUGUGGUGCCUGUUGAGGAAGCUGCUCGGUGGUGCCGCCUUCUACACGAGAAGCUGGCCACUCAAUCUACUUCUGGUGCCAGAGAAAAAUUUCCCUCACAAUCCGUUGGUCAAAAUAAUCAUUUGCUACAGAAAGGCUUAGAUGUGACCUCAGGGGACACAGAGGUUGUUGAUGGAGAUCACAGACACGCUGCUGUGUCAGAUGAUGGAGGGAACCAGACGGACGGUCAGACUGAUGACUCUGGCCGUGCUGUGACAGUUGUUAUCGCCGGGGGCGACGGCACCAUUGGUUGGGUGCUAAACACUCUACAUAAGAAGAAACUAUUACAGCGCGUGAAAGUUGCUCUUGUACCGCUGGGUACAGGCAACGACUUGUCUCGUGUACUGGGCUGGGGCUCUGCGCUGGACGCUCCUCUGGACGUUCCUAGCUACGUGAAGCGCGUUGUGCAGAGCACCUCUGUGCAGUUAGACCGCUGGUUGGUGCAUUACAGCCCAGCAAGCACCUUACACCACAUCAACAUCUUACCAUCUGUGGUCCCGACUAGAGAGAUAUAUAUGAACAACUACCUGAGCGUUGGUGUCGAUGCUCUAGUAACACUUCGCUUCCAUCAGGCACGUCAAAGUCCAUUCUAUUUAUUCAAUUCACGUCUUCUGAACAAACUCAUCUACUUUGGGUAUGGCACUAAAGACGUUCUCGAGCAUUCGUGUGAGCGACUGGAGAAGAAACUUGUGGUGCGCAUGGAUGGAAAUCUCGUGCCACUUCCUCCUCUGGAGGCGCUAGUGGUGCUAAAUAUACCCAGCUGGGGGGCGGGUGUCCGGCCCUGGGGAAUGGGUGCUGGUGGCCGCACUGCCCCCACACAGAGGAUGGACGAUGGUCUGCUGGAGGUCAUGGCCAUCAGUUCGUCAUUCCACAUCUGCCAGCUGCAAAUUGGACUCAGUGAACCUACGCGACUGGGACAGUGUCGGUCUCUGCAGGUUACGGUGGCUGGCUCAGCGGUGCCCAUGCAAGUUGAUGGGGAACCGUGGGAGCAGCAGCCCGGCACCAUCACCGUCACCCACAGCCACUCUGCCACUCUCCUGUCAGCGCCUUCACUCCCGUAGCCCGGCACCAUCACCGUCACCCACAGCCACUCUGCCACUCUCCUGUCAGCGCCCUCACUCCCGUAGCCUGGCACCAUCACCGUCACCCACAGCCACACCGCCACUCUCCUGUCAGCGCCCUCACUCCCGAAGCGACGAGUCCUAAACCUCGAUCACUUUGCAUGGUGUGAGGCGUCCUUAACUGCAACCAAUCUUUAAUUAGGAAUUAACAGUUUUAAUCCUCUACUAAUGAAUAGUACUCAACUCAUACCUAUUCUUGAUCAUUAUUGUAAC